AUGUGGAACAACACUCCGAGCUCAUCAGAUGAUUUUAUCUUAUUGGGCUUUUCUGACCGUCCAUGGUUAGAGACGCCACUCUUUGUCAUCUUCCUGGUGGCCUAUAUCUUUGCCCUCUUUGGAAAUAUCUCCAUCAUCCUCGUUUCCCGCCUGGAUCCUCAGCUUGACAGUCCCAUGUACUUUUUUGUCUCAAACCUGUCCCUUCUGGAUCUCUGCUAUACCACCAGCACCGUCCCACAGAUGUUAGUCAACCUCAGAGGACCCCAAAAGACAAUUAGCUAUGGAGGUUGUGUUGCUCAGCUCUACAUAUUUUUAGCCUUGGGCUCCACUGAAUGCAUACUUCUGGCCAUCAUGGCCUUCGACCGUUAUGCUGCCAUUUGCAAGCCUCUUCACUACCCAAUCAUCAUGAAUCAGAGACGUUGCAUCCACAUGGCUGUUGGCACCUGGAUUAGCGGUUUUGCUAACUCCCUUGUCCAGUCCACCCUCACUGUGAUGGCUCCAAGAUGUGGACACAGGGUGAUAGAUCACUUCUUCUGUGAAGUUCCUGCUCUUUUGAAACUGGCCUGCACUGAUACACGUCUGAAUGAAGCUGAGCUCAAUGUGUUGGGGGCCUUGUUACUCUUGGUGCCUCUUAGCUUGAUCAUGGGCACCUACAUGUUCAUUGGACGGGCAGUAAUGAAAAUCCGAUCUGCUGAGAGUCGCUGGAAAGCUUUUAACACCUGUGCCUCACAUUUGCUGGUGGUCAGCCUCUUCUAUUUCACAGCCAUCAGCAUGUAUGUUCAGCCACCCUCUAGCUAUUCUCGAGACAGGGGGAAGAUCAUGGCUGUCUUCUAUGGCAUCGUCACACCAACACUCAACCCAUUUAUCUACACCCUGAGAAAUAAGGAUGUGAAAGCUGCUCUCAGAAGGGCCCUGACUAAGGAGUUUUGGAUCAAGGCAAGAUGA